CUCCUCCUUUGGGCCGAGACAAGAAGUGAAAAAAAACAACAUUCUUUUUUCUGUUUGUCAUGUACAGACAUCAUCGAUGGAACUCUGCUAAAACGUAAAACAUGAGGACUCUCUUGGUUAUUCUUCUUACAGUGGUUGUUGAAUGUAGUCUUGGAACAGGCCUGCAAAACAUCAGAAUAAAUACUUUAUCUCGAAAUAAAAGAGAACAGGAUUGUGGUCCUGGAAAAUACUCUAUAGAAGAGCGCUGCUGCGUGAACUGUGAUGCUGGUGAAUUUGUAGAACAUUAUUGUAAUGAGGAAAAUGGGAAAUCAACCUGUAAGCCAUGUGUUGAAGGGAAAGAGUAUAUGGCCCAACCAAGUGGUUAUACUGAAUGUAUAAGGUGUACGACCUGUGAUGCUGGUCAUGGUCAGACUGAGAGUUCUCCCUGCACGGUCACACAGAACGCAAAAUGCAAAUGCCAAGAGAAUUUUUUUUGUAAUAAAACUCAACAUAUGUCAUGCACAAAGUGUCUGCAUUGUACAAAAUGCGAGCAUGGCGAUGCUGAAGCAUGUACACAAGAAAAAGACACUAUAUGUAAAGACAACAGAUCACAUAUCGCUGCAGUAGUAAUUUUGUGCAUAAUUGGAGUUCUCAUCACUCUGACAUGUGUAUAUUUAUGGAAAGAUAGAAUCUUAAUGAUUUGCAGAAAUAAAUCGAGACAACCAGAGAUAAGGAAAUUCACAAAGGUAGAAUACGUGGAUGAGGAGAUGGGGGCAGUGCAAGGGGGAUCCUCAAAGUUUGAGCAGAGCCAUGAAAGAUCCUUGAAUUUUGUCAAGUAUGAAACAAGACAUAAAAACAAAAGGGUGGAAUUUUUCAGUGAGUCUGAAGUAAAUGGCCCAGUGAACGGCACAAAUGAAUCCAAUAUGAACGCUAAUGGAGUCACAAACACAAUGCAGAUCUCGGUUCUCUUCCCUUCCAUGCAGAUCUCUGUUCUCUUCCUGUCCAUGCAGGUCUCUGUUCUCUUCCUGUCCAUGAAGGUCUAUGUUCUCUUCGCUUCCAUGCAGGACUCUGUUCUCUUCCCUUACAUGCAGCUGUGUCCUCCUGAUCUUAAAGAUAUGUGUUUUUUUCUGCAUUUAGAUAUUGAUUUACAACCAUUUCUAGCGGUUUUCGCUGAUCAAAUGCAAUUAAAGGAUGUACUUUAUUGCGUAAGAACAUUGUCAAAGCAGUCCAGUAAAAUUGAAGAUAUUAAUAGCAAUUCUAAUGCUGGAGAAAAGAAAUACCAGUUACUGAAGUUAUGGUAUUUUGAACAUGGAAUAACGGGAGCAUUUAAAGUACUACUUGAAACACUUGCUAAUCACGGAAACACACGUACUGCUGAAGUACUUAUACAAACUGUGAAGGAACAAAAUAAAUUACCAGUUGCAGCACAAUAGGGAUGUAACCGCUGGAAAGAGGAGAUAAGAUGCGUUACAUUUGCAUAAUCUAUUCCGUUUUGUUUUACAAACGAUUUUAUGAAAUUACAUCGUUUAGUAUUAAUAAAAUAUAUUUUUUUAAACU